AUGUUUUUGAUUGAUAACAUUGAAGUUAAAUGUCCACAUUGUUAAUGGAAAGGUAAAACUAAAGAUCUUAAACUUCAUUAGUAAAAAUAUUGUAAUCUUAUAUCAUGUCCAUUUAAUUGUGAUGGAUAAUUUAGUGCAUAAGAAUUAGAUAUUCAUAAAGAUAUUUGUUAAAAUAGAAUUAUUAAAUGUCCAUAAUUUUGUGGUGAAGAAUUCGAGGCUCAUCAAGUAUUUUAUCAUCUCUAAAAAUGUAUGUAUUCAUACAAACAAUGCAAUAAAUGUAAUUGUAUUUUGUAGAAUGUUAAAUUACUAAAUCAUAAUUGUAAUACUGGUUCAUGUCGUAAUUCUUAAUUUGGAUGUACUAAAAUAGAAAUGCAUUCGAAUUGUGAUUUUGAAUUAAAUUAUUGUAAGAAUUGCUUCAAUUUCUUAAUGAAUAAAGAUUUAUAGACUCAUAAUUGCUAAAAUAAGAUUAGUAUAUAAUAAUUAUUAAAAUCUUAUCAAAAUGAAUUAAUUGAAUCAUUAAACCCUGUCAAACAUGAUCUUAAACUCUUAGAAAAGGCUAUGAAAAAAUGUUAAUUAGAAUCUAUACUAUUAUUAGAUGUUCCAUCUGAUAAAAUAAACAUUAUUGAAAUCUUACAAUCUUUUGGACCAAUACAAAAUCUUAAAUAAUAUUUGAGCUUUCCAAAUAUUGAAUAAAAAAAGGUGGCUGUUAGAUAUUUUAAUUCCAAUUCAACUCAAUGUUGUAAAAGAUAUAUUUAAAUAUUUGGAAUUACAUCUCAAUCUUUGGAAAUGGGAUAGAAAUCAAUUAAAUUAUAAGCAAAGUAGAAGAUAACAUGA